AUGUUCCGAUUUCUGCUGAUUUUCUCGCUGAUUUUCGUCAAUUUCACGGUAGUUGCUCAACAACAUAAAAAUUCGACUGAAUCUCCACAAAAAGUCGAGGUGGUUGCGACAAUUCAAUUUGUUUGUGAAUAUGAUGUUUAUUGGGAAUAUAUGGUGUAUGUUUUUGAUGUCGCGUGAGUUGUUUCUGCCUGAAUUUUGAGUUUCCACAUUUUUUUGCAGAACCAAAAAAACCUUGAAAAGAUCCCAAUUCAUCAACUUUGAGCCGAAAUUGAAGAAUGCUACUAAGAAAAUGAAGAGGACAUCGAAAACGUACGGUAUGAUAUUUGAAGCUCGUGCCGGUUCAGAGAUGAUAAUGCAUGUACUCCACACAUGUACCAAUGAUCAAUCUGGACGUAGAGAAGUGUUCGCUUUGCCAACUGUGCCGAUCAAUCAAACACGGUUGCUAUUUGAUUGGAGAAUCACGUUUGGAGUUAAGCUAACAGAUUUAACAACAACUACUCCGGGAUUCUCAGCCUCACCAACAUUUUCACCAAAUUCUUCGGUGACCACGGAAUUCUCAGCCUCACCAAAAUUUUCACCAAAUUCUUCGGUGUACACGGAAUCCCCAGCCUUGUCAACUUUUUCACCAACUUCUCCGUCCUAA